GGUCGCACCGUAGAUCGCGGAGCAUGCUGGGCCUUGGCAAUAUGGCGUCCUCCUUGAUGCGCUGAUGAGAGGAGUUUCACUGUAGCUCCCAACCAAAGGGCAAAACUCCCCUAACCCAGUAAGACCACAUUAUCCUUUUUCUCCGCGCGUCCGUGUGGCCCGUUCCUCGGGACUUGUUCACAGGCAGGAGGGAGCUACGGGGCCGAAGGCCAGGGCCAGCAAGGCCUCGCGAACCCGGGGUUGAGGAACCGGUUGCGGGUGAGCACGAUGGGCUGGCUCUGGUUGCAGCAGCUGAGGCGAGUGCGGGACCCACAGGGCUGAGCGUGGCCCGACUAGACCGAGACGCUCAGACUCUGUUCCCCUUGGCCGGAGACCUCAGUUCAGACGGCGCAGGCGGCGAGUCUGCGCCAGAGCAGACGGCCCGACAGUCCUCGGAUCUGCUCAGGCGUUGGAGGCCGAGCAGGGUCAUCUUGAAGCCCGAAGUCUCUCACGCCUUUGACAGCUCCGCUCGAAGUUCUACUGAGAACUGACAGCCUCAGGAGCAGACAGUGGCCGGGGAUCUGAGUGUGCGUGUGUCUGUGCGGAGCUCUCUGGGCUGCCCAUUUCCCAUCAGCUCUUCCACCCCCGCUUCGACUUCCCGCGCAGAGUUGAGAUACAAAUUUCCGAACACUUCAUCCAUUACUUUUUGGCUCCCCCUCCCAUAUUUUAUUUCAUUAAUUCUGGUACACACUAGUUUUUAAGGCUGGAGGUUCUCGAGCGCUUACUGCCCAGGACUCCCCCACCCCCUCCCCCCCUGAUGGAGUCCGAGAUGCUGCAGUCGCCCCUUUUGGGACUCGGGGAGGAAGAUGAGGCCGACCUUACAGACUGGAAUCUGCCUUUGGCAUUUAUGAAAAAGAGACACUGUGAGAAAAUUGAAGGCUCCAAAUCCCUAGCACAGAGCUGGAGGAUGAAGGAUCGGAUGAAGACAGUCAGUGUGGCCUUAGUUCUGUGCCUGAACGUCGGUGUGGAUCCCCCAGAUGUGGUAAAGACCACACCCUGUGCACGCUUGGAAUGUUGGAUUGAUCCUCUGUCAAUGGGUCCUCAGAAAGCCCUGGAAACCAUCGGUGCAAAUUUACAGAAGCAGUAUGAGAACUGGCAGCCGAGGGCCCGGUAUAAGCAGAGCCUAGACCCCACUGUGGAUGAAGUCAAGAAACUCUGCACGUCACUGCGUCGGAACGCCAAGGAGGAACGUGUCCUUUUUCACUACAAUGGCCACGGGGUGCCCAGGCCCACGGUGAAUGGCGAGGUCUGGGUCUUCAACAAGAACUAUACUCAGUAUAUCCCUCUGUCCAUCUAUGACCUACAGACAUGGAUGGGCAGCCCAUCCAUCUUCGUCUAUGACUGCUCCAAUGCCGGCCUGAUCGUCAAGUCCUUCAAGCAGUUUGCACUGCAGAGGGAGCAGGAGCUAGAGGUUGCAGCAAUCAACCCAAACCACCCACUUGCCCAGAUGCCCUUGCCCCCGUCGAUGAAGAACUGCAUCCAGCUGGCGGCCUGUGAGGCCAACGAGCUCCUGCCCAUGAUCCCCGACCUCCCAGCCGAUCUGUUCACAUCCUGUCUCACCACCCCCAUCAAGAUCGCCCUGCGGUGGUUUUGCAUGCAGAAAUGUGUUAGUCUGGUGCCCGGAGUCACGCUGGAUUUGAUAGAAAAGAUUCCUGGCCGACUGAAUGACCGGAGGACUCCUCUGGGUGAGCUGAACUGGAUCUUCACAGCUAUCACAGACACCAUCGCAUGGAACGUGCUCCCCCGGGAUCUUUUCCAAAAGCUCUUCAGACAAGACCUGCUGGUGGCAAGUCUAUUUCGAAAUUUUUUAUUGGCAGAAAGGAUCAUGAGGUCAUACAACUGCACCCCUGUCAGCAGCCCCCGACUCCCACCAACUUACAUGCACGCGAUGUGGCAGGCCUGGGACCUCGCUGUGGACAUUUGUCUCUCUCAGCUACCAACGAUCAUCGAGGAGGGCACUGCCUUUAGGCACAGCCCAUUCUUUGCAGAGCAGCUGACUGCAUUCCAGGUAUGGCUCACAAUGGGAGUGGAGAACAGGAGCCCCCCUGAGCAGCUGCCCAUCGUUCUGCAGGUGCUGCUAAGCCAGGUGCACCGGCUGAGAGCCUUGGACUUGCUGGGAAGGUUUCUGGACUUGGGUCCCUGGGCAGUGAGCCUGGCCCUGUCUGUGGGCAUCUUCCCCUAUGUGCUGAAGCUGCUCCAGAGCUCUGCCCGAGAGCUGCGGCCGCUCCUUGUCUUCAUCUGGGCCAAGAUCCUAGCAGUGGACAGCUCGUGCCAGGCUGACCUCGUGAAGGACAACGGUCACAAGUACUUCCUCUCCGUCUUGGCAGACCCGUACAUGCCAGCUGAACAUAGAACCAUGACGGCUUUCAUUCUUGCUGUGAUUGUCAACAGCUAUACUACAGGGCAGGAAGCCUGCCUUCAGGGGAACCUGAUCGCCAUCUGCCUGGAGCAGCUCAGCGACCCGCAUCCCCUGCUGCGCCAGUGGGUGGCCAUCUGUCUGGGAAGGAUCUGGCAGAACUUCGAUUCAGCACGAUGGUGCGGGGUAAGGGACAGCGCCCACGAAAAGCUCUACAGCCUCCUCUCCGACCCCAUCCCUGAGGUCCGCUGUGCAGCUGUCUUUGCACUUGGCACAUUUGUGGGCAACUCUGCUGAGAGAACAGACCACUCCACCACCAUCGACCACAAUGUAGCCAUGAUGCUGGCCCAGCUAAUCAAUGAUGGGAGCCCCAUGGUCCGGAAGGAGCUAGUAGUGGCUCUGAGUCAUCUGGUGGUUCAGUAUGAGAGCAAUUUCUGCACAGUGGCCCUGCAAUUCAUGGAAGAGGAAAAGAACUACCCCUUGCCUUCUCCGGCAGCCACAGAGGGGGGGAGCUUGACCCCAGUGCGAGAUAGUCCAUGCACUCCCAAACUUCGUUCUGUGAGCUCCUACGGAAACAUUCGAGCUGUCACCACCGCAAGGAGCCUGAACAAGUCUCUACAAAAUCUGAGUUUGACAGAAGAAGCAGGUGGCGCAGUGGCCUUCUCUCCCGGGAAUCUUAGCACCAGUAGCAGUGCUAGCAGCACCCUGGGCAGCCCAGAGAACGAGGAGUACAUCCUGUCCUUCGAGACCAUUGACAAGAUGCGCCGCGUGAGCUCCUACUCUGCACUCAACUCCCUCAUAGGAGUUUCUUUUAAUAGUGUUUACACUCAAAUUUGGAGAGUCUUAUUGCAUCUGGCUGCUGAUCCCUACCCAGAUGUCUCUGAUUUGGCCAUGAAAGUACUCAACAGCAUCGCCUACAAGGCCACAGUGAAUGCCCGACCUCAGCGCAUCCUUGACACCUCCUCUCUGACGCAGUCGGCCCCAGCCAGCCCAACCAACAAGGGCAUGCACAUCCACCAAGUGGGAGGUUCCCCACCAGCAUCCAGUACCAGCAGCUGCAGUCUGACCAAUGACGUGGCCAAGCAGCCAGUCAGCCGUGACCUGCCUCCUGGACGCCCGGGCCCCACAGGCCCCACAGGGGCGCAGUACACCCCUCACUCCCACCAGUUCCCCCGGACACGGAAGAUGUUCGACAAGGGCCCUGAUCAGACUACGGAUGAUGCAGACGAUGCUGCUGGACACAAAAGCUUCAUCUGUGCCACGAUGCAGACGGGGUUCUGUGACUGGAGUGCCCGGUACUUUGCCCAGCCUGUCAUGAAGAUCCCUGAAGAACAUGACCUGGAGAGUCAGAUCCGCAAGGAGCGAGAGUGGCGGUUCCUGCGGAACACCCGCGUCAGGAGACAGGCACAGCAGGUCAUCCAGAAGGGCAUCACCAGGCUGGAUGACCAGAUAUUCCUCAAUAGGAACCCCGGUGUCCCCUCCGUGGUCAAGUUCCACCCCUUCACACCGUGCGUGGCUGUGGCAGACAAGGACAGCAUCUGUUUUUGGGACUGGGAGAAAGGGGAGAAGCUGGAUUACUUUCACAACGGAAAUCCGCGGUACACCAGGGUCACUGCCAUGGAGUACCUAAAUGGCCAGGACUGCUCCCUGCUGCUCACCGCCACAGAUGAUGGCGCCAUCAGGGUCUGGAAGAAUUUUGCUGACUUGGAAAAGAACCCAGAGAUGGUAACUGCGUGGCAGGGGCUCUCGGACAUGCUGCCAACAACACGAGGAGCUGGGAUGGUGGUAGACUGGGAGCAAGAAACUGGCCUGCUUAUGAGCUCAGGGGAUGUGCGGAUCGUCCGGAUCUGGGACACAGACCGUGAGACAAAGGUGCAGGAUAUCCCCACAGGUGCGGACAGCUGCGUGACAAGUCUGUCCUGUGAUUCCCACCGCUCACUCAUCGUGGCGGGCCUUGGCGACGGCUCUAUCCGUGUCUAUGACAGGAGGAUGGCCCUCAGUGAAUGCCGCGUCAUGACCUACCGGGAGCACACGGCCUGGGUGGUGAAGGCUUACCUGCAGAAGCACCCCGAGGGCCACAUCGUGAGUGUGAGUGUCAAUGGGGAUGUUCGCUUCUUCGAUCCCCGGAUGCCCGAGUCCGUGAACGUGCUGCAGAUCGUGAAGGGGCUGACAGCCCUGGACAUCCACCCACAGGCAAACCUGAUCGCUUGUGGCUCCAUGAACCAGUUCACUGCCAUCUACAAUGGAAACGGCGAGCUGAUCAACAACAUCAAGUACUACGAUGGCUUCAUGGGCCAGCGCGUCGGGGCCAUCAGCUGCUUGGCCUUCCACCCACACUGGCCUCAUCUGGCCGUGGGAAGCAACGACUACUAUAUCUCCGUGUACUCAGUGGAGAAGCGCAUCAGAUAGCAGCACCCAGGGCUCCCGCUGGGCCGCGGCCACCGUGUACAUAGUGAAUCCACUCACUCCGGGCACAGCGCCCCACCACCGCCACGGCUCCUGCCUCAUCCACUGCCGAUGGAGGAGGGACCUUGUGCUUUCUUUCCUUCCGUCUUCGCCGUAAUAUCCGAAAGUCCAGAUGGGGGGGCCUUGGCUCGACCUCGCUCUUGCCGCCAUUCGGCACCCAGGCACCCGGGACCGCGGCAUGCCGCAGCACAUCGGGUCUCCUCCGGGCCUGUUUCUCUUCUGAGGUUUUUCAGGGGGGACACAGUUGUUUCAUUUUCAUGUGACCAGAGCAUUAGCGACAGAAAAGAUGGGGCACUGGUAAAGACGCCUCCUUCGGUCCUGCGGGCCUGGGGCAGCCGGCCUCCACCAGCCAGCCAGCCCUCUGUCCUCUCUACCCCUCCCUCCGAGUGGCCGGAUGCUGCUGGAGAUUGAGGAGUCGGGGGCAGCAGAGCGGCAGCUGGGGAGUGUGGAAGGAAGCAGUUGUUUGGCCCUCGGAAGCUCCAGGGGUGCUCAGCCCACCAGCCUCCCUGCCCGGUCUGCAUCUGAGUCUGGGGAAGGCUGCACAGCCAGGCCCUCGGCUCAGACUCCAGACCAGGCCUCCACACAGUGCUCGCAGGGUAGGGCUGUGCGUGAGUGGACAGGCGAGGUGGGGCCCAGCUCACCAGCGCACCCGGAGUGCAGCUGCUCAUGGAGCAGUCUCCUGCCUGUGCCUGCACACAGGCACACUCGUCACCACACAGAUGCACAGGCGCCGUGAGGCCUCGGGGUCUGCGGGCAGCGACAGCCCCCAUGCUGUGUGACCAAGGCUCACCUGCAGGCUGCGGUGCCGGGUGCCGGGUUCCCUGGUGGCUCCUUACGUGUGUCUGGCACGUGUGAGCACGUGUGCAAGUUGGGAAAGCCGUGUGGACCAUUUAGUCCUGAGAAGGAGCACAGGGAAUUGCUGAGCAAUUGCACACAAACAACACGACUGCAAUGAUGGUGUUUCCAGAAGGAUCUUUUCCAUUUUCCUUGGGAAUCAGGAUCUUCCAGAGAUGGAGGAGUGAGGUGACACUACUGAUUCUGCCAACAGGCGGACAGGGACAGUGGGAGCAGGAGUCAGAACCCGGACAGAAGGCCGGGUCCCUCCUGCAUUGGAUGAUGGUUCUGUUUUGGCCAAAAGCGUCUUCUGGGUACUUGGAGCCCUGCAGGCAGACCAAGGCAAACUGAAGGAGACCAGACAAAGCAGGUGGAGUCCUCUGCUGCCCCAGGACGUGUGCACGCCCAUAGGAGAAGGGCCGGAUGAAGUCUCUUCCCCUGUUGCAGGCGAAUGAGCAGCCUGGAGCCAAGAAAGCCUUGGAGGGUCCUGACCAGUCCCCCGCAACACCCGCAGCUCUGCGGGUGCUCCACUGGGUGACACCCCCAGACACCGAGCAGCCCGCCCUCCGCGGCUGCCUCCGGGUGGGUCAGCUCCACUCCAGCCUAACUUGCAUUUCUCUUUGAGACAAAACCAACAUUGUAAAGUGCAGAUGGCUCUGGAGGUGGCGAGGCCCUCCCUCCCCGAGCCCUGGGGCCCCUGGCAUGGUGUGUGUGUGUCCGCAAGCCACCGCGUGGGCUGGUUCUUCACAGGCUGGAUGCGAAAAUUCAAUCAUGGAGUUAACUGAGGCUCGAGAGAGCAGUGACCUAGAGUUCCUUUAUCUCUAUUUAUUUUACCAAAAUGAGAAUUGAAAAAGACUUUGAGAAAACAUGGAAUUGUAAAAUGUGAAACUAUGAGCAAUGACAAACAAUAAACAGUUGAAAAGUAAAGAAGCACAGGAGUGGCCGGCCGUGUGUG